AUGGGGCGUGCAUUGAUCCAGCCUGGCGUAACCUCCGACAAACUUGGCGUACGCCUUUUCAAGCAGCAGCGGGUACCACGAGCGAUGCGGCACCUGCGUAAACUUCGGCUCCAUGUUCGCGUCGCAAGGAACACGGUCAUCAAUGUCGACACGCACCGGGUUACUGUUGGGGUCGAAGAAAAUGAAAGAAUACGGCGCGUUCACGGGGUGCUUCUUGGUGUCGAUGAGUUGCUGCACCAGCGGAGGGAAGCGCCCCAGAGCGGCGAUGAAAGGUGCCAAGAAGCUGGCGUUGACAGGACCCGAUGCCACGUCGCCCAAGGAGAUCCUCUCCGGCUCCAGGGGCACAUAACGGCCUUCAGGAUACAGCUCGCAUAUGCGCGGCCACUCCUCGGCGACGUGCUUGUUGGCCUCGUGGAACUCAGGAUCCUGCCAGCCACGGUAUUCAAGUGCAAGGAGGUGCACACGCUCAUUGAGCUUCUGUUCCAGGGUCGCAAUUUUCUCAGCGUGCGCCUCCGGGUUACGCAGCAGUCGUCGCCGCUCCUGCUCCAGGCAUUGGAACACGCCGUCGGUUUCAAGCGGUAA